AGCCACACUCCCUAUCCUUCCAGAGCAUUCCAACCACACCGUAGUACCGCAGCAGGCGUUGCAGUCGCGACGACAUGACCACCAGCAGAGCCCUCCUGGUCGCCGCCGCCCUUCUCCUCGUCGCUGCUGCGCCCGCGGCGGAGGCGGUGUGCGGCAUGAGCAACGAGCAGUUCAUGUCGUGCCAGCCGGCGGCGGCGAAGACGACGGACCCGCCGGCGCCGCCGACGCAGGCGUGCUGCGACGCGCUGGGCGGCGCGGACCUGGGGUGCCUGUGCGGGUACAAGAACUCGCCGUGGAUGGGCGUGUACAACAUCGACCCCAGCCGCGCCAUGGCGCUGCCGGCCAAGUGCGGCCUCGCCACGCCCCCCAACUGCUCAUGAUCCGAUGAUCCAUCGAUCGAUCUGGAUUAAGCUGGCCGUGUGUCCUUGGUCUUGUGAUCUUGUCGCUUGUGUAUCCUAGCAGCUGCAUUCGUGCUUCAGCUUUUGUGAUCGAUGUGCUCGUCGUGUGUCGUCGUCAUAUGUAUAGCCAUGUGCAUGGUGUUUGGACUGCUUGUGUGUGCCACUAGCUUUGUCCAAGCGUACUCGAUCUCGCGUGUAUGCCGGGCAAGUUACGUUGUUGUUUCCUGUCACUGUGGUUUUGAUCGGUCCAAAACAUCACUAGUACUGCUUGUCUUCAUAUGUAUCGGAAUUAUUUGCACAAGGAUCACUGCUAGCAAGAAAAGGAUUAACUGAUUAG